GAGUGUUGUGUGUGUGUGUGUGAUGUUGCAUUAGUAUAGUGCCUCGAACUGCUAACGUGAGGUAUUUGCGCAAAAAUAAAUAUAAAAGAGAGAACGCGGGCAUAACAACGACAAUAAUAACAUCGCGGCUGUACGCGCGCACGUAUUGGGUGUAGUCGUAAUAAAAACAACAACAACAACGGCAAUAGUGAUGGCGGCGACGGCAACGGUACAGGCCGUGCGUGCCGGUAAGACACACACACACACACACACGCUAACAAAGCGCGUACGUUGUUAUUAUGUCGGUCGGGGGUUUUCGAGGGUGUCCUCGGACCGUAGUCCACCGCGGUCGGGGCGAGGUACGGGAAACGCGAUAACUCGACGUCCCGCGGUCGUCCGUCGCCGUUGCCGCCGGACAUGUGACAUUUUCCAAUUUUCCUCGCUCACAGCGACCGCCAUCACACCGUCCUACCUAAGCGCGCGAGUGUGUGAGUAUGUGUUGCGCGUGUGUAUGCGCCACUCUAGUACCGUCGUGUGUACACGUUUAUAUUACGCGCCUAUGCAUAUGUAUGUCCCGUACGUACCUGUCACGUAUACGCGGCGUCCAGGAGAUAAUAUACGAUCGUGUUGCUCGAUCGCGCCCCCGUCGACGGCCAAUGUGGACGGCGCGGUGGCCGCGUUAGAGAACGAUAAAGAGGAAGAGGUGGAGGUGGGGAUCGGCGUGGUGCGGCGGUAGUGACUGUGAUGGGUAACGGCGGCGGUAGUGGCCGUGACGGGUAACUUCGUCGGCAGGAGUAGUGGCGGUGUCGUGUAACGUAGGUGGCGGGAGUAGUGGUGGAGUACCGUCGACGGUCGACAGCAGCGGCCGCCGCCGCCGCCACCACCGCCGUUCAUUACCACCACACGUUUCGCGGACGUCGGUCUAACGUCGGUCAACGCAGCGCACCCACCGUCCUCGGGACACAUCACCGGACGCGCGAGUUACGCAGUGUGCAUUUGUACGCGACUCUGUGCGGUUCGUCUUGUUUCGCGUUCAGCUGAUAAACUCUACGCGAAAAACAUUAUUUUUUAUUUUCUCGUGCGACGCGCCAAAAGAUAUUUCGGCAAGAUUUUUUUCGCGCCCGCAGUGUUCCGCCAAUAAACUCGUUUUAUUAUUUUUACCGCUUUAAUUGUUUUUUUAACUCGAUCAUGGUGACUGUUCGACCGCGUUGAACGCAACGGUGAUAUAUUGACAAUCGUAUCGCACGCCAGUUACCGGUCUAGAUUGAUAUUUAUCGCUGGAUAUUGUUAUCGGAACCCGUCUCCGCAUCGUCGCCAUGGAGGCGAACAAUCGGCUCGGCAAAGAGUCGCCCGUCACGUACAGCAACGGCAAGCGGCUGUUCACCGUCGACCAGAAAGUGGACGCCCUGGUCCGGAUCAAGAUGACCGGGUGCUCGAAAGCCGAAGUGGCCCGGAGCCUGCAUGUGGCCGAGUCGACGUUUCGGGGCUGGUUCAAGAACAAGGACAUCGUGACAAAGGCCGAGGCCAGGUACGCGGAGCUGAAGCAAAAGUCGGCGGCGGUCGCCGUCUGUUCGUCUUCGGACGGCUACAAAUCGGCGGCGGACGACGACGACGACGACAACAACAAAGACCACCGCGACGACGAUAACCGUUCCGACAGAUCGUUUUCCGCCGAAUCGGAUAAAAACUCGUCGACGUGUUACACGGACGGCGGCGGCGAGGGCAGCCGGUCCCGAUUCGGCAGCCCGGACACCUGUGCCGCCGCCCUUCCGGCCCCCCCGACCGGGUCGUCGGGAGUCGGCCGCAAUCCGGACGUACACAUCAACAACAAUAACAACAACACCAAUACCGCCACCAACAACAACAUCAGCAGCAGCAGUAAUCGUCUUCACGUCGGCGGCAAACAUUCCGAUGUCGUCGGUAAACGUCUCGACAUCGUCGGCGGCAAACAUUCCGAUGUCGUCGGUAAACGUCUCGACAUCGUCGGCAGCAAACGUCUCGACAUGGUAGGCGUCGCCGCCGCCGCCCGCAACGCGUUGGACCUGCAACACAACACGCACCUGGCAGCCGCCGCCGCCGCCCACCAUCAUAUCGCCACGCUGGGACUGACGGGAGCGUCGGCCGCCGCAGCUGUGGCCGCAGCAGCCGCCGCGGCGGCGGCAGCGGCCGAACACCCAGGCCUCGGGCUUAGCCCGGCCGACCUGCACAGCAAGAUCAACAGUUAUUUCAGCCCGGCCGCAUUGUCGGCUUCUAGACCACCGGUAUCCUCCGAUCUGUUUCUCACGCGGCCGCCGUACUCUGCGAUAGACAACUCUUACAACAAAUCCAGCAGCAGCAACAGCAGUUUCAUUAACACCAUGGUAACGGCCACGCUGAUGGAACCGCAGGCGUUGGACUUGUCAAUGCAUUCGAGAAAUAAGCGUCGCAACGAUUGUCUGUCGCCGCCGUCCCGCGCGCCGCAGUCCGCCACGCAGACCAGCCCGAAAAUAGUCAGACACAAUUUCUACAGAAAUCUGUACAAACCGUACGCGUCCAGGUGCUUGCAAGAAGAAAAGGUAUGAGGUCAAAUAAAAAACCGUAACGCCGAUUGUGGAACGUCGCACCGCCCAAAGCGUGUUUCAAACUCAAAUCGUGUGCUCGGGUGCUGACCAAAAGUCGUGUACUCUCCUCGUGUCACCACACACUCCUCCUCCUGACCACCGCCGCCUUCUGUUGUAUACCAAUACCGAUUUCACCCCCACGGCCCAACGUGUCUAAACGCUCGAUGUUGUUUUAAGCUUGAGCUCGUUGGGCUGCCGUCGACGUCGGACGACUACCACUAAUUGUGUACAAAAAAUAGAAAAACAUAAGCAAUUUGUAUGUUUUUAAAUAUAAUGUAUUUAUAUAUUAUUAGAAAAAACCAAAUCUACUGUCAAAGUUUGUGUUCGCUAUUAUUACGUUUAAUGUAAAUAUACAUAUUAUUAUAUAUAUUUAUUAUAUACGAUAUGUGUGUAUAUCGUAUUACUUUUUCGUUAGUACCGUUAGUUUGAAAUGUAAAUCGCCAUCGACCUUUGCCCCGUAAGGCGUGCGCGUAAAUUAUUUAUUAUAUAGUUUCCCCCACCCUCGUGUACCACCACCACCACCACCACAACCACCUCCACCUACACUCCGACACGCGUACAAAUCGUACGCGACCACAUGACAUGUUUCGUGUGACGGUCGAUCACUCUCCUCUUAAUUCACCUUUUUUGCUCGUCGUCGUGUGUACACUUGUUUUUGUUUAUUUAUUAUAAUUUAUAUUACUGUAAUUUAUAUUAUUGUAAUUUUUAUCAUUGUAAUUUAUAUUAUUGUAAUUCAUAUUAUUGUAAUUAAUAGUAUUUAGUAUUUGUAAAUAUAUAUGCGUUUCUCGUUAAUGAAAAA